AUGGCCAUCACUGAAGAAACUGAUCAAUAUCUCUCGGGCGUCCAGAAAGCCCUGCAACGGCUGAACGGAGCAGCAGAACGCUGCCAGUCGACUCUGCUUAGCGGCCAGGAUAAUAGCCUAGCGAGCUGUAGUGCCAGGCAAACCGUGCGCGAUGACUUGGUUCUCGAAGCCCUGAAGUUCCUCCAAAUGGCUCAAGGACCGGUUGAUGCUGCUGCUACUUGCUAUGAACGGACGGCUCAUUUCGCGAGCGUACGCGCCUUGCUCGAGAUGGGAGCCUUUGAGGCACUACCCACCGGAGGUGUCUCUCGCAGCACGCAAGAACUGGCCAAGGAACUGAAGGUUGAUGAGUCGCUUCUCGCUCGUCUCCUGAGAAAUUCCUCGCUGUACGGUCCGUUUGAAGAGACUGGACCGGGCCAGUACUGCCACACUCCGUUUUCCGAGGCUUACCUGCGCCCUGAGAUCCGGGGGAUGUUCCGAUUCGCGAUGGACGACCACAUGCCCGCUCAUCUCAAACUCCAUGAGUUCCUGCAGCGCAACGGCUGGCAGGAACCUUCAUCCACCACGGACAACCCGUACACCCACGCCCACGUGACAAACGGGAAGAGCAUGUUCAUGAACCUCUCUGAGAAGCCUGAGCGGAUGCAAGCGUUCAACAACGGCAUGACGCUGCAAGCGAUAACGCCUCUAUGGAUGACUGACUUAUUUCCCUGGAAAAAUCUGAGCCGGUUCCAGCCUGACGCGAGCACCGUUGUGGCGGUGGAUAUCGGCGGCGGAAAGGGCAAGGCGAUUGCUCGUAUCAAGGGCCUUUGCGGCUUGCCAGGUCGGUAUAUCCUGCAGGACCAGGGACAUGUCAUUCAGAGCGUGGAGGGCGUACUUGACCCGAAGAUCGAGCGGAUGGGCUACGACUUCUUCACCGAGCAGCCUGUUCGGGGAGCCCUGAGCUACCUCAUCCGCCGCUGUCUCCACAACUGGCCCCAGGAAAGCGUGGUGCGCAUCCUAAAGAACGUCGCAGCGGCAAUGGAGCCGAAGAAAUCCUGUCUGCUGAUCGAGGAGAUCAUCGUCCCGGCAGAGAAGAUGGGUGUCGAAGAGGGAUGGAUGGAUAUGAUCAUGAUGUCGCUGGGUGCUAAACAGAGGACGCUCAAGGAGUGGCAGACGGUGCUCGACCUGGCGGGGCUGGAGGUGAAGCAGGUCUACCAGAUUCCUGGGAAUUGCCAUGGGCUUAUUGAGGCGUGGCGCAAGUAG